AUGAUGGAUCCUAAUGACCAAGACCUUUAUUCCCAACACCUAGACCAACAGGACCCCGAACUUCAGAGACUGUACAGACAGAACCUUUACAACCAGAAUGCAUAUCUCCAAGCCGCAUACCCUGUGAAUCUGCCAAAGGACGUCCAUUAUGCAUUCCCUCAACAACACCAGCCACAGGCCCUCUAUCAAGACAUGUCCUACGGUACAUAUGUGGUCAACCCUCAACAACCGCUUGAUGAAUACUACUCCACAUCCUACGGCCCCGAAUUUGCAGAUUUUAUGUAUCCUAUGCAGGAUGAAUUCGGAGACAUGGAGGAGAUUUCUACUCGACCUAGAUUGACCAAAGAGCAGGUCGAGGUGCUCGAGUCUCAAUUCCAAGCAAAUCAUAAGCCCAAUAGUCAGGUCAAGAGGCAGCUAGCCAUUCAGACCAAAUUGACUCUGCCUCGAGUUGCAAAUUGGUUUCAAAAUCGCCGUGCAAAGGCAAAGCAACAGAAAAAGCAGGAAGAAUUUGAGGCUCAGAAUGGAGGCACUACGAAAUCAGACUCGGAUAGCCGCUCAGCCUCGAAAGCUGCAUCUUCCACCCCGUCGUCUCCUACUAAAUUCUUGUCUUCCCCAAUGAGGCAAUCUGCACCGCUCUCUAUGAGCCAGGAUUCUCCCUCCCCAACCAAGCAGACCGACGCAUCCAAGGAAGCAAGCUGGGCCUCACUUCAGCGAGCUCUGAGACAAGCAAACGCCGCCCAGAUUCACCAACCUCCGCAAUUGAACGUAACAAUGCCACCACCAGAGCUACCACUGCAGACAUCCACCGUCAGGCUACCUCUACGCGUGAAUCAACCCAUGUCUGCAUCCCGGAUGUCGUUCAUGGAUUCCUUGUCGCAAAAUAGUGCCAAAGUAGAGCCUUAUCCGUCACCCAUUACGCUUCAGGAUAACACAUUUGACUUCGGUUUCAACCAGAAUACUUUUGAUACGAAUGAAAUCACAGAACCCAUGGACUCCACAACCAACUACUCAUCAGAAGCAUUUGUUGUUACUCCUGAAGACUGGGAGGAACCGUUGGCGACCCCAAAGACCAUAGUUCAAGCCCAUGACUCAAUGAUCGCUUUGCCUUCUCCUGGUCUUACUAUGCCGUCGUAUCCUGGGUCAAGACGUCAAUCCACUACCGAAGAGCUUUCAAACAACUUCGGUAACUUUGCAUUGGCAAACAGCUCUCCCCAAAUUCUGGCAGCUCGACAUGAGUCUGAGCUCAUCCGAGCUCCCGAGAGUGGGAACAUUGAUAUUGCCGCACGAAGAAAACGACCUCGACCUGCAGCUUUGACAUCUUCCUCAUUGCGAAGUCGUUCUUAUGGAGCUUUGACAUCAGUAUCACCAACUUUCCGCCAAGGUAUGAUGACACCUCAAGCACCACAUACAGUCAGACAAUCAAAGUCUGUUGGCCAUGGUCUUCGUGCCCAAUAUUCUGGUGUUCGAAAAGCUAGCUCGGCCCAACGAUCGCCAGCUCUGGUAAACAGUUUCGCCGAGGCAGAAGCCCUCAGCAAGUUGUGGGAACAACAUAAAUCUCGCGCACAAUCUCAAUCGUUGAAGGAAUUACCUCAGCCUCUGUUAUCCCCCGACCUCGUCUCUGGAAAUCAAGUCCAUGAGCCGGAAAAGAAUCCUUUCUUUGCACACAACAUCGAGGUCAGCCGGCAAUUUCAAAGACCACUUCAACUCACUACUGCCUCGCCUCCUAUCACGCCGAUGGCAGCUGAAUUCAUGAACCGAGGGUUGUCACAGCAAUCUUUAAUUCCUCCAACAUCAGCACCUCCACAAUACGCGUCAUUUCCUGACUACACCCCGCCAUAUUCGGCUGGGCCACUGACAAGCAGUAGUUGGUCCGAUGCACCUCUCACAUCACCAGAUGUGCCUUCGUUUCCGCCGGUGACAUAUGUUCCUUCUUUGGGAUACCCACAACAAUGUGAUGUUCUGUCCAAUAAUUUCCAACAAUUUGUCCUACCAUCAGAUCCCAACACCGACUAUACGUUGGACUCUCAACUUGAGCAGAAAAGAACCGAAUUUUUCAUUCAAGAGUUCCCCAACCAAAAAAAGGAACACGCUCAUGUUGCUCAGCAACUAGCUCAGCAAAAGCCAAGGAGUUAUGUUUUCAAUAAUUCCGCACCUCAUGAUUAUGAUCAGGAAUAG